AGUAGUUCCAGGAUGUUCCAGGAUGUUCCCAUCCAGCCGAAGGGGCACUCUGGUCGCAAAAGCCGCCUGGUGACCAAAGACGGGCGCUGCAACAUCCAGUUCGGCAACGUGGAGUCGGGAAACCACUUGGCCUACCUGGUGGACAUGUGGACCACCUUCGUGGAGAUUCGCUGGCGCUUCGUGCUGCUUCUGUUCGUGGCGUCCUUCACGGGGAGCUGGUUCAUCUUCAGCCUGCUGUGGUACUGGAUCGCCAGGAGCAACGGCGACAUGUCGGCGCGCAAUCGCACCGACGGUCACGUCAUGUGCAUCGCCAACGUCAACAGUCUGACCACGGCCUUCCUCUACUCGCUGGAGACGCAGACCACCAUCGGCUACGGCGGCCGAGCCCCGACCGGGCAGUGCGGCGGGACGGUGGCCAUCCUCAUCCUCCAGUCGAUGGCGGGCGUCUUCAUCAACAGCUUCAUGUGCGGAGUCAUCCUGGCCAAAAUCUCUCUACCCAAGAGGCGAGCCAAGACGGUGAGCUUCAGCGACACGGCCGUCAUCUGCCUGAAGAACGACAAACUCUGCCUCCUGAUCCGCGUCGCCAACCUCCGCAAGACGCUCCUGAUCGGGAGCCAGAUCUACGGAAAGCUUAUGAAGACCACCACCACCCCGGACGGCGAGACCCUGAUCCUGGACCAGCUGGACAUCCACUUCACGGUGGACGCCGGGAAGGAUAACCUGUUCUUCGUUUGCCCGCUAACGCUCUACCACAUGAUCAACCGGGCCAGCCCCUUCUACGAGAUCUCCGCUGACACGCUGCCCCAGCAGGACUUCGAGCUGGUGGUCUUCCUGGACGGCACGGCCGAGUCCACCAGCUCCUCAUGCCAGGUGCGGACCUCCUACAUUCCCCAGGAGAUCCAGUGGGGGCGUAACUUCCUGCCCAUCAUCUCGCGAACCAAGACGGGCAAGUACUGCGUGGAUUUCUCCAACUUUUCCAAAAGCGUGCGGGUGGCCACGCCGCACUGCGCCCAGUGCUUUGAGGGCACCGUGGAUACCAGGCACCGGAACCAACACGAGAAGAAAGACUCUCAGAAGAAGUUGGGCAUCCACAACUUGGCUUUCCAAGUCACUGACAUUCACGACGUCAUGGAUGUCACCAAGAUGUGA